CAUUUGCGUACAGAUCACGAGGGCGAAUGGACAGGACCCAACCGAAGCAGGCUCGAAGGUGUGCAGCUGCUGGUUGCAAAAUACGAACAAGCGGCCGCCCCAACCUCCAGUGUGGAGUCACUCACCGAUUCUGGAGUGUGUAGGUCAACAGUAGAAAAUCAGCAGAGCAAACAAAUAACAGAAGGUAACGAGGAAUACAAGAAGAGUGUACCAUCUCUCUCAAUUGCAGCUAGAAACCAGAGGACGGAGGUGGAGCAACUAGGUACCCUCAAGUCACCUCCUGCAGUGGAUAGACGUCGAAAACGAGAAUCCAGUUUAUCGGUCCAACCUACUGAAGAAAACUGCGUGGCCGUUCCUGUCGGGCAGCCUCCUAGCCAGGCUAGUGUACACAAUACACCGAUUUCGCCGGAGAGUCGCAAGGGCUCGCAGGUGGGUACUUCUCCCAGCCAGAUGAAGCCACCUGAAGGGAAGACGGAGAAAGAAAUGACGAGUGCGCCACGUGUACCAGUUGUUUCCGAGCCUCCAAACUCUCCUCGAGUUUCCCAACCUAUACGGGUAGCCCUUUCUCAGACCAGAGCAGGGAGUAUCGAAAAAGAGAAGAACAAAGUUUCGACACACAUUCAGCCUGUCGUUGCUGACUUGAAGAAUGGACCUCAGGUUCCUCCUGUAGAAAGUAAGCCUGCGGACAAGCCUGCGGAGAAGCUACGGCUGAAAUCACCAGCUGACUUGGUGUCGCCUGAACUAUACCAAAAGCAUGUCAGUGAAGCGAGCUACAUGCAGUCAAAAAAAAUAACUCGCGGUUCGAUGGUAUCUACGCGACCCAACCUCAAUCAUAAGGAGGAAAUGAAGAGAUUCACACCAGACCCAGAAACGCACAGAAAUAUCGAUCCAAAGAGAGAUUAUGAAAUUAUGGAACAGUUGGGCAAGGGCAAAUUUGGCCGAGUAAAUCGCUGUCAAAAGAAAGGUACCGAAGAAGUGCUGGCGAUGAAGGUCGUCCGUAUGGCCAAGCUACGUCGAGAUGAACACGGCGAUGUAAUGGAGGUGGCAAUUUUGCGAGCGAUUGGUUACCAUGACAGCAUCGCGUGUCUCUAUAGCGCCUACGAGUACAAGAACGAGUGUUAUAUCUUCUCAGAAUAG